CCUGCAGAAGCAAAGAAGAGUAAACCACACUGAAAUAUAGGACUCGCAGAGACCAGAGCCAUCGCUUCGCCUCUUCUUUUUGUGGACUCUAUCUAUAGGACAAACUAAAAAAUGUGUUCCGGAGGUUUUGCCAAAUGUUUGGGGAUAACCCUGUUACCUCUGUCCAUCAUCUGUGUCCUCUGUAAUAUUCUGCUGUUUUUCCCUGGAGGUAAAGUUGCUGACAACACCGCCGAGAUCACAGAUGAAGUCUUUUAUCUAGGAGGACUUCUGGGAUCUGGUAUACUGAUGAUUUUUCCCGCUCUGGUCUUCCUGGGAAUGAAGAACAAUGACUGUUGUGGCUGCUGUGGGAAUGAAAGCUGUGGAAAACGAUUUGCGAUGUUCGGCUCUAUUAUCUUCGCUGCAGUUGGUGUUUUGGGUGCCGGUUACGCUGUGAUUGUAUCUGGUGUGGCCAUUAAUCACGGACCUAAAUGUUUCAUUAACGACCACAAUGUUACGUACCCAUUCGAGAAUGGGAACUACUUGUCGAAUCAUUCGCUGUGGGAUGAAUGCGUCAAACCAUCAGGCAUUAUCACAUGGCACUUGUCUCUGUUCUGUAUCGUGAUGGUGGCGAGUCUGGUUGAGAUUGGACUUUGUCUCUUUCAGGUGAUCAAUGGUUUGAUCGGUACCAUCUGUGGAGACUGCUGCGGCUGCUGUGGGGGCUCAGACUAAACUCUGGAUUUGUGACUCUUUGGUACAAAAUCUACAUAAAAUCUGAAUCUGCAUCCAUUUAUCACCUCAUGAUUUGUAUUUAUACUGUCUGGACGGGUUUUGCUUGUUUGUUUGUUAUUUUUUUUCUUGCAUGCCUGUUCAAAGUCUGCCUGAUGGCUGACAGCUUAUGAAGGCAAUAGAGAUGUUAUAUUGUUAAAUAAUGUUUUAUAUAUAUAUAUAUAUAUAUAUAUAUAUAUAUAUAUAUAUAUAUAUAUAUAUAUAUAUAUAUAUAUAUAUAUAUAUAUAUAUGCAUAUAAAAUUGUGAAUAUGAUAUAGCAUAUAUACAAUAUAUGAAUAUAGAUAAAUAGAUAUUUAUUUAUUAAAAGGUUAAUGUUAUUUUCUAAGAGUUAAUAAAUAUUUUUAAUAAAUGGAAUAUUUGAUAAAUACUAAAUAACAGAUUUAUAUUUUAUUUCAUCUCAGGAAAUCGGUUAAAACGUCUUAUUGUCUUAUUUUAAUAUACAGUAUAAAAAGACUUAAUAAAUUUGGAAUGUAAACAA